AUGUCUUUGAGCGAAAAUGGCGCUUCCAAAGGGAUUCCUAAGUUCGAUUGUCACUCGGAACCUGCCACGUUAGGACCACGCUGGACGCGAUGGUUCACAUCUUUUGAAUUGUUUGCCGAUGGCAAAGGUCUGAUUAUCACUGAAGGUACAAAUGCAACAACCAGACAACGAAGAAGAGCUAUGCUACUCCAUUUAGCGGGACAAGAUGUGCAAGAAAUUUUCUCUACUCUCGCGAACACCGGCGAAGCAACGGACUACGCCGCCGCUGUAACAGCACUGAAUGGCUAUUUUCUCCCCAAAGUUAACUCCGCUUUUGCGCGUCAAAAAUUUCACCGACUCCAACAACAGCCAGGUGAGACCGUUUUGCAGUUUGUAACCCGACUGAGAAAAGAAGGGAAAGACUGUAAUUUUGGGGCAGACUUUGACAAUCAGAUAAGAGAUGCGAUUUUAUGCAAAUGCAGGUCAGAUUAUGUCAAACGUAAAUUGCUUGAAGAAAGAGAGGAACUUACUCUCGCACGCACAUUAGAGCUUGCAGAACAGUGUGAAAGUGUAGAACACCAAAUGUCUCAGCUUAGCUUGAGUGAACAGACUACAGAAGCACACAGGGUCUAUGAAAAACCUAGGAGACCAAAAGAUCAACAAAGAAACAAAGAGAGCAAGAACAGAGACAGUCAGUGUCCUCGUUGUGGGUGGAGUGGUCACCUUGGUGGAGAUCCGAAAUGCCCUGCCAGAGGUCAAACAUGUAAAAAAUGUAAAAAGAAAGGUCACUUUGCUAGUGUCUGCAAAACCAAACCAAAGAAGCCAGGAGUCAAUCAGGUGCAAGAAGAACAAAAACCCGAUGGGGAGCAAGUCGAUUAUGCAUUCAGGGUCACCAAUAAAGGUCAGUCAAAUAUGCUCAAAUUGUCUGUGGGUGGAGUAGAAUUGGAAAUGUUGGUGGAUUCUGGGGCCACCAAUAACAUUAUCGAUGAAUGUACAUGGGAAGAUCUGAAGGCUAAAAAGAUCAAGUGUAAAUCACAAGCAGCUCCCGUUGACAGGAAAUUGUACGCUUAUGCAUCCAGCAAACCCCUCCCAGUAAAAGGUAGCUUCACAUGUGAGGUACUAGUGGGCAGAGGAAGAGUCCAGACCGAAUUCCUGGUUAUCAAAGGAAAGGGAAUACCACUCUUAAGCAAAGACACCGCAAUGAGACGAAACAGUGAAACCAGUAGCCCAACCCCUGAGGCGAAUUCCUUCAAUCUGCAAGAGAAGGUAGAAAAGAAGGUUCAAGAGUUGUUGAAUUGUGAUAUUAUAGAGGAAGUAGACGGGCCUACACCAUGGGUAAAUCCAGUAGUGAUCAUACCAAAGGCAGAUGGUGACAUACGACUCUGCAUCGAUAUGAGACAAGCGAACAAGGCCAUAGUACGUGGCAGAUACCCAAUACCAACUGUAGAUGAACUGCUACACAAUAUGAAUGGUUCCAAAGUCUUUAGCAAGUUAGACUUAAAGUGGGGAUACCACCAAUUGGAACUUAAUUCAGAGUCACGACAGAUCACCACCUUUGUGACGCACAAAGGCUUGUACAGGUACAAACGUCUAUUAUUUGGCGUGUGUUCAGCGAGUGAGCAGUACCAACAUGAGAUAUCCACAGCUUUAGCUGGAAUAGAAGGAGUCGAUAAUAUAUCUGACGACAUCAUAGUACAUGGCCCGGAUCAGGCAACUCAUGACCAACGCCUAUAUAAGACAAUGGAACGCCUCAAGCAGCAUGGCUUAACUCUCAAUGCUGACAAAUGCCUAUUCAAUGUGGACAGAGUGAUUUUCAUGGGAAUUCUUCUCUCUGAAAAAGGGAUUGGCCCAACAGAAGAAAGAAUCAGAGCCUUGCAAGAAACAAGGGAACCUGCCACCGUCAGCGAAGUAAGAAGCUUCCUGGGAUUGGCCAAUUAUAGCAGCAGGUUUAUUCCUCACUUCGCUACUAUCACUGAGCCACUAAGGAGCUUGACCAGAAAGGCUGUUCCAUUCCACUUUGGACCUGAGCAGAAAACCGCUUUUAAGAUUCUGAAACAGAGCAUGGCUGACGCAGGAACACUUGCAUAUUUUAACAAAGGCGCAGCAACCAAAGUAAUAGCUGAUGCCAGUCCAGUCGGCCUCGGAGCUGUGUUACUACAGAACCAAAAUGAAGCAUGGGUGCCAAUUUGCUAUGCAAGCCGCAGCUUGACAGAGUGUGAGCGCAAGUACUCCCAGACCGAAAAGGAAGCCCUCGCUCUCGUUUGGGCAUGUGAGAGGUAUCAUGCAUACAUUUAUGGCAUGAAAUUUGAUCUGGUAACUGACCACAAACCGUUGGAGGUCAUCUACGGGCCACGUUCCAAGCCCUGUGCCCGCAUCGAACGGUGGACAAUACGGUUACAACCCUACGACUUCCGAAUUGUAUAUACUCCAGGGCAGAAUAAUAUAGCUGAUCCUCUUUCCCGCCUGCUUAAGCAAGACAAAGUGACGAGUCAUCCACAUGGGGCAGAAGAGUACAUCCGAUUCGCAGCUAUCAGUGCCACUCCCCAAGCAUUAACCACGAGAGAAGUCGAAGAAGCAUCUGCAACAGAUGAAGAAUUAAAAGUCCUGAGAGAAGCAAUCAAAACUGGCAGAUUUGAGAAGUGCAAAAACUAUGCACCAGCCGCAGGAGAACUGUGUGUGAUUGGACAGCUAGUCUUGAGAGGUACCCGUAUUGUGUUACCAAACAAACUCAGAGCUCAGGCAAUCAGCUUAGCCCAUGAAGGACACCUAGGAAUUGUGGGAACAAAGCAAAAUUUAAGAAGUAAGGUGUGGUGGCCUCGUAUGGAUAAGGCAGCAGAGAAAUUCUGCAAGUCCUGUCACGGAUGUCAACUGGUAUCUCGCCCAGACCCACCUGAGCCAUUGAGAUCCACGACAUUACCAGAAGGUCCUUGGCAAAACCUAGCUAUAGACCUCUUAGGACCACUUCCUUCGGGACACUCAAUCAUUGUUGUUGUGGACUACUACAGUCGUUAUUAUGAGUACGCCAUCAUGAUGUCAACCGUCACAGAGAAAGUAAUUGACAACCUGGAAGAGAUUUUCAGCCGCCAUGGCCUUCCUCUGACCAUAAAGUCAGACAAUGGUCCACAAUUCCGCUCCGAAGAAUUCCGGGAAUAUUGUAAGCAGAAUGGAAUUGUUCACACCAAGACCACACCAAAAUGGCCUCAAGCCAACGGGGAGGUAGAGAGACAAAAUGCAUCGCUGAUGAAGAGGAUCCGCAUUGCCCAAGCCGAAGGAUUAGACUGGGUGAAGGAGCUAAGAAGAUAUGUGACUAAAUACCGAGGUAUUGAUCACGCGACAACCGGUAAGAGCCCUGCGGAAUUAUUGUUUAACAGAAAGAUGAGAGGAAAGCUACCAGAGCUACAUGCCGACCAUCACUUGGACCUGGAAACUCGAGAUAGAGAUGCCGAAGUGAAAGCAAAGACCAAAGUAAUAGCUGAUAAAUCCAGGAAUGCAAAACCAUCAGAAGUUCAAGUUGGUGAUCAAGUCCUGGUGAGGCAAGAGAAAAGAGACAAGUUUUCCACGCCAUUUAAUCCAGUACCAUUCCAAGUGGUUAGCAAGACCGGUAACAGUGUUGUUGUGGAAACUCCAGGUGGAACGCAGUAUUCAAGGAAUACAUCCCAUGUCAAGAAGUUUGUGAGCCCUGACAAUCCGGAAGAACCACCUGUCAGUGUCGAUGUACCGACAACACCUGAAAUUACCGUGGUACCAAAUCAAGUGAUGAGUGGAUCUACACCAGUAGUGCCUACAACACCUCCCAGUAGACCCCUAACUCAUCUCACACCUUUAGCACAAGCAAGUGCAGGAAGCAAAUCUGGUACAACCUCUGCUAGUAAGAAUGCAGCAGUUGAUCAAGCAACAGUACCUAGCCCACCAGCAACACCAAAAGGUGGAAGACCUCAGAGACAGAGGAGACUCCCUGGGAGAUAUAAAGACUUUGUUUUAAAAUGUUGA